AUGGCUAGAAUAUAUAAUCUGUUAUAUGCACUGCUAUCUAGGAUGCACCACUUUUCUUCAUCAUCUCAACAACGUGGAAAAAGGCCUGCUGCCGCUGCUGCUCCCAGAUAUUGA